AUGUGGGCCUCAGCCCCUGAGGCCUGGCUUGGAUAUGAAGCCUUUCCCGUGGCUGUAGGAGCGCUGUUGACAGCUAUGGCCCUGGAGGGGCGCUGUCUCCGGCGGGGAUCCCCGGCUAUGAUCAGAAAGGGUCGUCAGCGGCAUCAUAUGAAGCCAACUUUGGCACGGAUCACUUCAACUUUGCUAUCAAGGACACGCCUGCACGGCCUGAGGCAAGUUUGCGUCCCUGGUGGCUCUGUGGGCCGCAGGGCCUUCUGGCUACUGGCCCUUUGCACCUCCCUGGGGCUGCUUUUAUCCUGGUCCUCCAACCGCCUACUGCACUGGCUUUCCUUCCCCACACACACAAGAGUCCACACAGAGUGGGCCAGAGAACUGGCCUUCCCCACAGUCACUAUCUGCAACAACAACCCUAUCCGCCUCUACAAGCUCACCAAGAGCGACCUGUACUUCGCCGGCCACUGGCUGGGCCUGCUGCUGGCUAACCGGACAGUGAGACCCAUGGUUCUGGACUUGCUUCAAGACGACCGUCGGGCCUGGUUCAGGAAGCUGUCAGACUUUAGGCUCUUUCUGCCACCCAGGAACUUUGAGGGAACCAACCUGGAGUUUAUGGACCGACUAAGCCACCAACUGGAUGACAUGCUCCUCUCGUGCAAAUACAGAGGACAGCCAUGCGGCGCUCACAACUUCUCUUCUGUGUUCACCAGGUACGGGAAGUGCUACAUGUUUAACGCUGCAGAGGAGGGGAAGACGCUCCGCACCACCAUGAAGGGAGGGACGGGAAACGGUCUGGAGAUCAUGCUGGACAUCCAGCAGGACGAGUACCUGCCGGUGUGGGGGGACACAGAGGAUACAGCCUUUGAGGCGGGGGUGCGUGUGCAGAUCCACAGCCAGGCGGAGCCCCCAUUUGUUCACGAGCUGGGCUUCGGCGUGGCUCCCGGCUUUCAGACUUUUGUAGCCACACAGGAGCAGAGGCUGACCUACCUGCCUCCCCCCUGGGGAGAGUGUGAGUGGAGGGCUCUGGAGUCUGGCUUUUUCCAGGUCUACAGCAUAACUGCCUGCAGGAUUGACUGUGAAACACGCUAUAUCGUAGAAAACUGUAACUGCAGGAUGGUGCACAUGCCUGGUGAUGCUUCUUACUGCACCCCUGAGCAGUACAAAGACUGCGCUGAGCCUGCCCUCGCCAAACUGUCGGUGCUGGAGAGCAGUAACUGCAUGUGCAGGACGCCGUGCAACAUGACCCGCUACAACAAAGAGCUGUCCAUGGUCAAAAUCCCAAGCAAGACCUCGGCCCGCUACCUGCAGAAGAAGUUCAACAAGUCUGAGAAGUACAUCACAGACAACAUCUUGGUGCUGGACGUGUUCUUUGAGGCUUUGAACUACGAGACCAUUGAUCAAAAGAAAGCUUACGAAGUGGCAGGCUUGCUGGGGGAUAUUGGAGGCCAGAUGGGUCUGUUCAUUGGAGCCAGCAUCCUCACCAUCCUUGAGCUGUUUGACUAUGCUUAUGAGGUGGUGAAAGACAGACUGCUGGAUUUACUGAGCAGAGAGGAGGAGGAGGAGAGUCAUGGAGAGGAUGUGAGUUCCUGUGACCCAGUGGCAAACCACUCAGAGUCUAUCAGCCACACUGUGACAGUUCCCCUGCAGACAACCCUGGGCACCCUGGAGGAGAUUGCCUGCUGAGGCCCCCCCGCCCCUGCCUGUGCCCCUCAGAGCCAUGCACAGCCAGCGGCUGCCUCCACUGGGUGGCGCUACAUCCUCUGUUAGGGCAUCCUGCAGGACCUGAACAGGGGAGGGGAGGAGACGAGGACAAGAACAGAAAUUGGCCUAAGGACAGCGCUGUGCUCUGUCACACCGCCCUGUCUGAAACACUGAUGGGGAUUAAGGAGCUGUCGGCUGGACUUAUCGGCCCUCUCUGUCACCCUGCACUGUACUGUAGUGGGAGGAUGGCCUCCACUGUGCCGGACCUGCAGUGGGGUCUGUGUCUCCACAUACACGCACACAGAAAAUCUGAGAAUGGGUGGGACAACUACCCAUAUAGGGGGCUUACCCCUGUGCAGCAUAUCUAUGUAACAAACACAUUCAUAAGUCGCUCACUGCCAAAUGAACUGUACACAAUUGGUUUUGAACUGCAUGCAUCGCUCUAUCUUGCUCUCUUCUGCUGAUGCAUAUGCUGGACUGCAGUGUUGCUUUACUAUACAUGUGUGCCAUUUGUCUCUCUUUCACUGCAGGACAGACCUGUAACAAGGCCCCAGGUGAGAUGUCAAACUUUGAAUGUACAGAUUGAACAUACGGUUGCUUAAAGUCAUAAUUCAGGUGAUACCAAUUCUUCAACAUUUGAUUCUGAUGAGCGAUUAUUUCUUAGUUAAUUAUCUUGAAGGGAAAGGUGGUUGGUGAUGAGUCGGAAAAAAUACUUUUGUUCACUAAAAAACGUGAUAUCUGAACAUUUGGCAGCCCGCAUUUUUACAUAUUUAUUUCACCUGUCAGUUUCAAUUUAGUCAGUUUACUCAAAGGCAUGUUUCCUAUGUGACUCCUGGGGUGUAACGCUGUUCCUUACAAAUAUAUUUGAAGGGAUGUCAUACUCUUACUGUUAAUUUAUAUGAUUAACUUCUGGCUUCUGGCUGCUGCACCUCACCACAGCACCCCUCUGAAUCUCAAUUUGUUUUCCUGCCAGACAGCUAGCCAUGUACAAAUGCUGCAACAAAUGGAAAUACCCAGCGUUGUUGAACAAUUAUUUCAUUAAGAGAAUGUCAAAAUGAUAUUUCAGACAGCUUUUACCACUUUAUCAAGGGUGGCAUCAUUUUGACUUUC